CAAUGCUAAUCUAAAAACACGUGUAACUGAAAAGGAAAAAGAAACAGAAAAUAUAUUAGCUUGUGUUUGUUUAGAAUGAAAAGAGAACGAAGAACAGGGGGGGGUUAGAAAGUGGCAAAGUGCCAUGUUUGUAACUCACAUGCAAAUCUAUGUUAUUAAUUACUACAGGCCAUUCCCGUUUUGUGAAUAAAAUAUAUUGAGAUUAUUAAUUUUGAAACGGCUGCUGUAAAUGUUUGGCCACUAUAAAAUGAAGAAAAAAAACCCAACAGUCCAAAACUUGAGAGAGGCAAACAAUGGCCACCCUAAUUGCUCCUAAGCACUUUUCUCCGGUUGAAGAUGCAGAGAACAUCAAGAAGGCUUGUCAAGGAUGGGGAACAGACGAGAGGGCUAUAAUUUCCAUACUAGGACACAGAAAUGCAAUUCAGAGGAAUCUCAUAAGGCUAGCUUAUGAAGAAAUUUAUCAAGAAGAUCUCAUCAAGCAACUUAAAUCUGAACUUUCUGGGGACUUUGAGAGAGCUAUAUGCCACUGGACUCUGGACCCUUCUGAUCGAGAUGGUGUUUUAGCUAAUGCUGCACUGAAGAAGGCCACACCCGAUUACCGGGUAAUUAUCGAAAUUGCAUGCAUCAGAUCUCCAGAAGAGCUCUUGGCGGUGAGACGCGCUUAUCGGCAUCGCUACAAGCACUCUCUUGAAGAAGAUGUGGCCUCUCACAUGAUGGGUUACAUCAGGAAACUUCUUGUUGCAUUAGUAAGCGCCUACAGGUAUGACGGGGAUGAGUUUGAUGCGCAAAUGGCGCAUUCAGAAGUGGAUAUUCUUCACGAGAAAAUCCAGGAAAAGGCUUUUAACCAUGAAGAGUUGAUCAGAAUUCUUAGCACAAGGAGCAAGGCACAGCUCAAGGCAACUUUCAACCACUACAGGGAUAUUCAUGGCACAUCCAUUACCAAGGGUUUGUCGGGUGAUCCAGCCGAUGACUAUCUAGCUGCAUUGCGCACAACUAUCCGAUGUAUUAGAGACCCUAGAAAGUACUAUGCAAAGGUCUUGCGCAAUGCAAUCAACACGGUGGGAACCGAUGAGGACGCUCUCAGCCGUGUGAUCAUCACACGUGCAGAAAAGGAUUUGAAGGAUAUCAAGGAGCUCUACUUCAAGAGGAACAACAUUGCUUUGGAUGAUGCCAUAGCUAGGGAUACAUCAGGAGACUACGAGGCAUUUCUUCUUGCCAUAUUGGGGAGAGAUGAGCUUUAGAGAAAUAAAUCCUUGGCUUUUAGAGAAAUGAUGUUUAUGCUUUAGAGGGAAUCAAAACAUUAAUAAUGUAUUCUACUUUAUUUAGAUAAUAAAAUUGAUUCUUUUU